AUGGAUGAUAUAGUAGUCACAUGCAAAGGGGUCACCAAGCUGCUGAAACGCUUAAAACCUCACAUAGCAACAUGGCCAGACGAAAUCUCUGCCAGAAUGUUGAAGGAAACCGCCGAACAGAUCUCCCCUGCGAUUACCCUGCUUUUCCAAGCCUCCCUUCAUCAAGGAUGCGUUCCAUCGAUGUGGAAGAAGGCACUUGUAGUUCCCAUCUACAAGAAGGGCUGCAAGUCACCCCCGGGACUGGAAGACAAGGGUCAGUACGAUGUUAUCCUACUAGACUUUGCUAAGGCCGUUGACAAGGUAUCUCACAAACGACUCUUUCUCAAAGCCAAACAUUGUGGUAUACACGGCCUUACUCUUCAGUGGAUCGAGAACUUCCUGACUGGCCGUACCCAACAAGUCAUACCGGAGGGCCACCUCUGA